CCUCUGGUUCUCCUUCCAUCAUCACAACUCACAAAGCUGCAAUAUCCAAAAAAAAAGCUGCAAUAUCCAAAAUUCCAAAUCAUUCUUCUCUCGGCGACACGAUUGGCAGAGGCGACCAUGGAGAAGGGGAAGGCCCCAGCGGAGGCAGCGGAGUCGGCCGCGGCGUGUGCGGCCCGGCUGGCGCGUGCGUGGAGCACUUGGGCCAUGAAGAACGCGAAGGUGGUCGCGCACUACGGCUUCAUCCCCCUCGUCAUCCUCGUCGGCAUGAGGUCCGAGCCCAAGCCCAGCCUCGCGCAGCUCCUCUCCCCCGUGUAGCUCUAUUCCGCGGCCCGAUCCGCACGGCUGUGCGCGUAUUGAAUUGAUCAAUAUUUGUAUUUCUCCCCAAUAAUUUCGAUUACUCUUUGGAUUGCUC